AUGCUUGCCGACAAUUCUAUCGCGACUACACCGAUAUUGGCUACCAAUGCCACCGCCAACAAUCCAACCACAUGGAAUACUCCCAUCAUCAUCGGUGCUAUAUCUGCCAUCAUGGCUGUCAUUGUUGGGGUUCCCGGCGCCAUUCUCGCUGUCAAGAAGAUCCAGGGCCGCAAGCGCAAGCGUGCUAGGCAAGGAGACGCCGAGGACGGUGUCCAUUUGGAAGUGGAUGUUCCCGCUCGUUAG